GGGCAGGGUCGUCUGCAAGACAUGGUUCAGGGAUUUCAAAUCCCACUUUCACUUCCUGCUUAACGCUCAUUGCCUUUAAGCAAUCGUGCGUCAGUGCAGCAGGCUUUCUCCUCUUUAAAAACACAUUUUAACAUACAUUUUUGUUUUCCAUCAAUACUCCAUCCAAGGGAUAACACUAUGGACAAAGGUGCUGUUCUAACUCACUUCCUGAACUCAAAGGGCGUCCCAACAUGUCUAGGCGGGGAGCUCCCUGCCAGCGUGCUGAACAGCAGUAAGUAUGUACCUCUGAUCGCAGCUGCUGCUGAGGACGACAACCCGCCCUCCCUCGAUCAUGCCAUCCACACUGCUCUGUCAGCCGAGUCCAAAUGUGUUGCACUCAUCGGUCCAGAAGGAUCGGGUAAAACCACUGCUCUGCAGAAGCUCGUCAUGGACUGGGCAAAAGGAGAGCAGCUUCAACACUUUUCAUACGUCUUCUAUUUCCACUUCUGGGAGAUGAACUCUCUCGAAGGGGCAUUGUCAUUAGAGACUUUAAUUCAACGCAGUCAAUAUCGUGUCCCUCCUGAGACCGUGAACCUGGUUGCAGAGAGGCCUGAAACUGUGUUGUUUGUCUUUGAUGGUCUGGAUCAGUACAAGCACAACCUGGACCCCUCUGUCCAUACCAUCUGCUCUGACCCAGACCAGGUCGUGCCAGUGUCCUGUUUAGUGGCCAGUCUCCUUCACAGAUCCCUUCUGAGAGGAGCUGCCUUUGUGGUGGCAACCAGGCCAACAGAAAACCUGAAGUUUCUUCCUGGCACCCAGGUGGAGGCCUUAGGAUUUUUGAAGCCCCAACGAAAAGCCUACUUUAACAACUUCUUCACUGAUCCUGCCGCUGCCAACAAAGCACUGCUACACAUGGAGAGGACCCUGGGCUUUUAUGACUUCUGUGCUUCUCCAAGAUUUUGUUGGACAGUUUGUUCUGUUUACAAGUCUCUUAUGGAUUUGAGUGCAGAUCUUCCCAAGACGUUAUCUCAGCUGUUUGCAGAUAUUCUGGUUCAUCUGAUUCAGAACCUUUCAUUAAGUGAGGCCCGCAACAGAGCACUAGUGUUGGCCCUUGGCAGGAUGGCGUCUCACUGCUUUCUUGAUCCACAUUCAAGCUGCACCAAAGAGCAGGUUGAUUCCUUUGGUUUUGAACAGUUUCUCAACACGUCUGAUGUUUUCUUGCGCAAAGACGGUGAACUGGAGUUAAAUAAUUGCGCCUUUUCAUUCCACUCCCAACUGAUUCAGGAGUUCAUCUUGGCUCUGGCCUUUUUUUUGGACAAGUCGACAUAUGAGGAUGUAGAGAAGAUGCUCGAAAAGCAUGAAGGCAGUGCGAUGUUUCUCGAGUUCUUCUUGUCGGGCCUCUCGGAGCAAGUCCAGUACAGACGACUCGAGACCCUGCUGGGGGAGUUCGACUCUGAUCGGAUCAAGGACGUUAGAUGCUGGCUUAUAAGUAGCUCAAAAAAAACGCUGAAGGGAUAUAUGAAAGAGAAUCACUACAGAUGCUUCCAUAUACUUCAGCAGGCACAAAAUGAGAGUUUGGUGAAGGAGAUGGGCAUUCAUCCUGGGCAACUAGGCUACGGUCAUAACAACCUGAGCCUCAAGGACUGUGUCACUCUCAAUUACAUUAUCACAUGCCUUGGCGGCAUCAACGCUUUUGAUCUGCGCAAUACCACAAUUCUACCGGACAAGGCAGAAGUCCUGGCUUCAAUAUUUAGCCAGGUGAAAAAGAUAAGCUUGACAGACAACACCUUUAGUGCAGAAGUUAUCCAUCAUUUGGCUUCAGCUCUCAGCAGGGGGGUCGCCAAUGACCUGUUUCUCUCCAGGUGUCACCUCAGUCCUGACAUUUUUAAAUCUCUUUGUGCGGGACUCAAAGAAUCCAAGUUGCAGCAAUUAAAUAUUGAAGUAUGCAAGCUCACAGAAGCCUACUGCGAAGACCUGGUUUCUGUACUGACUUCAGAAACCUCUCAGUUGGGCUGGCUAGACCUCAGGUUUAAUCCCAUCAGGGAUGAUGGUUUGGUAAAGCUCUGCACAGCCCUCUAUAGUCCUCGCUGCAGACUACAGGAGCUAAGCAUGCAACGUUGUGACUUGACUUCAGCGUCCAUGGAGGCCUUUGCAAGAGCUUUGUGCUCUGACCAAUCCCAGUUGAUAAAAGCAGAGCUGAGAGGCAACUCGAUUGGUGACAGUGGAGUGGAGGCUUUGUGCAAAGCUCUGCAACACCCAGUUUGUAAACUGCACAGCCUCAUAUUGUUUGAUAAUGAAUUAACAGGGGCAUGCUGCUCGUCCUUGAAGGAAGCCUUUAUGUCGGAGCACUUCUCUCUGACAGAGCUGAAUCUGGCAGUGAAUGAGUUGGGCCAGGAGGGGGGGCUGCUUCUCUGUCAAGGCCUGAGUCGACGUGGCUGUCCGAUAGAGAGACUGGACUUGACUCGAUGCGAGCUGACUCCAAGGGUAUUCGAGGAGCUGGGCUCACUGCUGAAAAGUGGGACUUCUCGCCUUAAGGCCCUAAUUAUGGGUAUCAAUGAAGUUGGAGACCAUGGGGUUAAACCUCUUUGGGAUGCUGUUGCACAUCCAAGCUGCUUGUUGGAGGAACUGGACCUGGAACUGACUGGUUUGACAGAUGCCUGCAUUGAUGACCUGUGUGCUGCUAUAAGAGGCAGUAAGACUCUGAAGCACCUGGAGCUGAGGAACAACAUGCUGAGUGAUGCCUCCAUCCCAGCACUCAUCCAAGUUGUAGAGGCCAGCGACAACCUGCAGGAGUUAUGCCUGAGGUACAAUGACAUCAGUGAAGAAUUUCUCUCCUCGUGUGACAAGAUAAUCUUCUGAGGAAGACCUGUUGGACCAAUCCCUCCCACAGAGAGAAGAUCACCUGCUGGGACGUUAAGAGUCAUGGUUUCAGUGUAGGGCCUUCCCGGGGUAGGGUGAGCAAUGCCCACGACUGACUUAAGUAGGAGCACUGGGGGAUAAAGUAGGAAAAAAAUCAGAAUAACAUUUUUAUUUUUUUUUUAAUUGAAAAAAUAACUGAAAUAUACAGAUUGUUUGCAGCAUUAAAACCUCUUGCACAAGCUGUAAUUAUCAUAAAGGUUUAUGUAACCAAGCCGCUACAAUAAAGGCUUUUUAACUUUU